AUGCCAAGAGGAACGAAGAAGAAGAGCAAAGCAGCUGUCAACGAACAUCACGAGCAGCCAGAAGACGAAAGGAAACUGCAGACGAUUGAUUUCGUGAACAAUUUGGCGAAGGAUCAGGUUAGCUCAGCUCAAACUAGAUCUAGACUUAACUUGAAUAAUUCGUUGGAAAAAGUUGGGAAUUAUAGGGUAAUUGAGGUAGGGGAAAGCUCACAGAGCUCAGGGAUUGAUAGAUCAGAUUGGUCAGUGGAAAAGGAUAUAGCUAUAGAAGACAUAAAAUCUGUCCCAGUGUGGAUACAGCUGCCAAAAAAGAAGCCCGGGUACUGGAAUGCAAUCUCAUUAAGUAGAAUGAUGAGUGCUGUUGGUAUUCCACUGGAAAUGGAUGAUAUGAACUCAAAAAAGAUGAGAACAGCUUUUGCCAGGGAAAGAAUAGAAAAGGAGAUUUCUGAGGAAGCAGAGAAGAAUGUGGCUCUGAGCAAAGGCAAGAUGCACAGGGAGAAAAGCCCUAUUGGGAAGAGUAGCUCAAGUGAAUUUGAAAUAGCAACUAAGGGAGAUGAAGUACUGAUACAAAAUCAAAAAGGAAUGAAGGUGAAUACGCAAGUUGGUGACCCAAGUAUUAUGGCUAAAUUGGAUAGAACUUUGGGGAAUGGAGAGUCGUUCAACCAGUUUAGUACAGCAUAUACCACAGUAAGUGCAGCAGGAAUCUCAGAUCAUGAUGCUUUGAUUGUUAGAUGGGGAGAUGAUCCAGUGAUUAGCAAGAAAUCGUUUAGAUUUUUUAACAUGUGGACUCAGAGCAAAGAGUUUCAAUCCAUUGUUAAAGAAGUCUGGCAGAAGCAAAUCACAAGAAUGACCAUACAGUUUAGGGUUGUGAGUAAGCAAAAGUUGCUUAAAAAGCCACUGAGAGAUUUGAAUAGAAGGAAGUUUGAGAAUGUGGAGGUCAAAUAUCAAGAAUGUCAUAGCAAGUUGAUCAUGAUCCAGGACAAACUUAGCUUAGAUCCUGAGAAUGUUGCUAUGCAAAAGGAAGAGGAGCAAGCCAGAGAUGGGUAUGUGGAAGCAAGCAAAAAUGUGUUGAGCUUUUGGUCUCAGAAACUUAAAGAUAAAGGGAUACAGGAGGGGGAUAUAAAUAGCAAGUAUUUUCAUGCCAGUUUAAAGGAGAAGAGAAGCAUCAAUAAGAUCAGAUGCUUUAUUAAAAAUGAUGGAGCACUAGAAGAGGACAAUCAGGAAGUGGAGAAUCACUUUGUGAAGUUCUUUGAAGACCUGCUUGGGAAAACGGGUGAUCAUACACCAGCUGAUUGUAGAAUACUUAGUUCAGGGUUCAAACUGUCAAUAGACCAACAGAUAUUCCUGAUUAAGGACUUUACUAAGGCUGAUACUGCUUACUGUGGAACGAUUGCAGAAGAUGACAAUUCAGAGAAUUUGGAAGGAAUUGAAGUCUUGGCUGGGCAUCAGAAGAGAGAUCAAGGCUCUGAAUGCUGGCAGUUUGAUUAA